AUGGCGAGAUCUCCCUAUAAAUUUCUUCUCUUUGUAAGUGUUUCUGUGUUUGCCCUCAGGCAUUUUAUAAAUCUCCCUUCUUCCGAAGAGAUUGUCACCACUGAAGAAGCGAUCUUUGAUUCCUACAAUCAAAUAAAAAGUUAUGAAAAUCCAGUGCAAAUUGGGAGUCUGGAAACUGUACCGUAAGAAGUUGAAAAGAAAAAAACUUUUUAACAUUACUUUGUAUCACUUUUCAGCUAUAAACCCGGGUUUUGCGUUUUUUACAAUUUUUUCAAAUCAAAUCCAAAAUUGAGCGACAAGAUUGGACUGGCCUUACAUUCGACUCCAAAUCUGCUUACUUUUAUUGUAAAGCAGUUACAAACUUUUGAUUCUAUCAUCUCUUUAUCGCUGUUUGUUCCCUAUGAAAUUGAGGAAAUCCACAAAAUUGAGGUCAGUUGGAAGUAAAAUACACAACUAGUGUUGUUCUUGUUUCGUAUGACUUGUUUCAGCUGUUAUUUAACGCCUUGGAAGGUCUGCGAAUGUCCUAUGACACCUCAAAGUUGUCGAUUCACAUUGUUAUGUCCGCCAAAAGCCCUCGAUGUCCGCUGAUUACUUAUCGAAAAUGGGGAAAUCUGUUGUUGGGGAAUAGAAAUUUUGUGGAUACCAUGGUAAGAAAUGUAGUCUUAUUUUGACCAAUAGAAGUCUCAUUUUAAUCUUAAGAUGCCGCCAUUUGAAAUGUUUUUUUUCAGCUCUCAGACCUUUCCAACGUCCCCUCCAUCUCCAAAGUAAUAUAUCCCAUAAACAUGCUGCGUAACAUCGCUAGGAUCCCCCUGAAAACGAAAUAUUUUAUCAGCGGAGAUAUUGAGAAUAUAUUCAGCGACAAUUACCUGAAAUUCCUCAACAAAAACGUUGAUGAAUUGAUGAUGAAGGAGAAGAAAACGGUCCUAAUCCAUCGACGAUUCGAAUUUGACCAUACAUUUGUUCAAGAAAACAUCCCCAACAACUUUUGGACUCUAAAAAUGUUGUUUUUCCGUCGCUGGGCCCGAGUUUUCCAUCAACGCGUCAACGAAAAAGGCCAUUCCAUCGACGGAUUGGAGGAUUGGCUAAGGAAUGGGGAGAAUUUUGGAGUUCAAAUGGUAAAAUUUUGGGCGUUUUGGUCGUAUUUUAGGACUUGAAAUACAACAAUUCGAUGUGGGAACCACAAUUUGUCGCUUGGAAUGUCGCGACAGUCCCAUUUCACGAUGAAAAUUUUAUCUAUCGCCUCAGGUCCAACGUCGAAUGGGUGAGAUUUUCGUUGAAUAGAAAUGCCCUUAGGGCAUCUUAUCGUGCCUUAAAUGAUUAAUCGCCGAUCUUCCAGGUCUACGAACUCUGUCGCGCCGGCUUCAGAUUCCGUGUCCUGAAUUCGGUGUUCACCGUGCACCGUGGCUUCAAAACUUCGGAGAAUCCAGACUUUGUCGCCCUAAUCCGUCGCUCCGUCCAAUCCGGCCAAUUCUCCCGAAUAAUCCGCGAUUUUCGCUUGAGACUCGACCGCGGGUACCCUUCCAGCACCCAUCGCUGUCCAGUUUUUGCCCCCGAAAUCGAAUAA